CAGUUGGCGCGACCGGCAGACUUAUCUUCGUAGCCGCCAACCGCAGUGUUUUUGCUUCUGCUGGUGUAGCGUCGUACAUUCUGAAGAGUCAACCAUGCCGACCGUAAGCGUCGGAAGAGAUCGCCUAUUUGCUGCCCUCGGAAGAACUUACUCUCAGGAAGAGUUUGAAGAGCUGUGCUUUAGGUUUGGGAUUGAGCUUGAUGACGUUACGACAGAGAAGGCGAUCAUUAGGAAAGAGAAGCAUUUGGAAGAAGAAGCGGAUGAAGAUGAAGAAGUCAUCUACAAGAUUGAGGUCCCCGCUAACAGAUACGAUUUGCUCUGUCUUGAAGGGCUUGCUCAAGCACUGCGCAUUUUUAAUAAGCAAGAAGAGACACCCAGAUAUAAAUUAUCCAAUAUCAGCAAGGAAUCUAUGCACAAAAUGCAUGUAAACCCGGAGACUUCCUUGGUUCGCCCUUAUGUGGUUUGUGCUGUUUUGAGAGACAUAACUUUUGAUGAAGCAAGUUAUAAUAGCUUUAUUGAUCUGCAAGACAAACUUCAUCAGAAUAUAUGUCGACGGAGAACUCUUGUUGCCAUCGGAACUCAUGACCUGGAUACACUUGAAGGCCCUUUCACCUAUGAGGCUUUGCCACCAUCAGCCAUAAACUUUGUGCCACUAAAACAGACGAAGAGUUUCAGAGCUGACGAGCUAAUGGAGUACUAUAAAUCAGAUUUGAAGCUGAAGAAGUUCUUGCACAUAAUAGAAAAAUCACCUGUAUUUCCUGUUUUGUUUGAUCGCAACAGAACUGUUUUGUCUUUACCACCAAUUAUCAAUGGUGCACAUUCGGCUAUUACUUUGAAGACAAAGAAUGUGUUUAUUGAAUGCACUGCAACUGAUCUGACAAAGGCAAAUAUUGUCUUGAAUACCGUGGUAACUAUAUUUUCAGCACUGUGCAAAAAGAAGUUUGAAAUUGAACCAGUUGAAGUGAUAUAUUCAGAUGGGAAGUCAAAUAUUUAUCCAGAGUUAUCUCUCUACAAUAUGGAAGUUUCUCUGUCUUAUAUCACUAACUGCAUUGGAGUCUCAUUGGAGGCAGAAGAGGUUACCAGUUUGUUAAACAGGAUGCAAUUGCACGCUGAACAGUCUGUAUCUGGUGACAAGUCUAGUAUAACUAUAUCUGUGCCCCCAACAAGGAGUGACGUGCUUCACCCAUGUGAUGUCAUGGAGGAUGUUGCUAUUGCUUAUGGGUUCAAUAACAUUCCAAAGAGUAAACCGGCAUCUUUGCAGCCUCUACCAUUAAAUGAGUUCAGUGACCUUAUCAGAGGAGAGAUUGCAAUGAGUGGGUUCACGGAGGUACUUACGUGGAUCCUAUGUUCUUAUAAAGAGAAUUUUGCCAUGUUAAAGCGUGAAGAUGAUAAAUCUACUGCUGUUAUCAUUGGAAAUCCCCGUUCAACAGAUUUUGAGGUUGUACGAACCAGUCUUAUGCCUGGUCUUUUGAAAACUGUUGGACAUAAUAAGGAUCAUCCAAAGCCCAUAAAGAUAUUUGAAGUUGGUGAUGUAUCAUUACUGGAUGAUGCAAAAGAUGUCGGUGCAAGAAAUCAUCGUCAUCUUGCUGCUCUAUAUUGCAGUGCCAAUUCUGGAUUUGAGUUGAUUCAUGGUUUGGUAGACAGAAUAAUGGAAGUCAUAGGAGCUUCUUUUGUUACAGUUGGUGAUGAAACUGGGUAUUACAUAAAGUGUUCAGAUAAUCCGGAGUUUCUUACCGGUAGACAAGCCCACAUCAUUUAUAAAGGAAGGAAAAUUGGCACGUUUGGCAUUGUUCAUCCCGAGGUUUUGAAUAACUUUGACAUUCCUGAUCCAUGUUCCUUUGUUGAACUUAACAUCGAGAGCUUUUUAUAGUUUUCACUCUACAGUUGAUGAGACGAGUUUCGAAGAUUUGAAGCCUUUUUCGUUUCAAGCUCUCAUCUAAAGAAUCACACUGAAACUUCGGCCAUUUGUGGCGCAUUUGUAUGCCAAACCGUCAGUUCAACCAACUGCACUCUCCACGAGGGGGUACUGAUAGGAGAAUAUUUUGAGAGUUUUUAAUAUUUAUUGGCGUGAGUACAGCCCCAGUAAUUUUUGGUAUUUAAUAUACAAGAUAUCUCUUCGCCUUUUUCAUCUAAUCGUUGGUGUCUAAUAGUUCUCAUAAGCAUAUGGCAUAACUUAUUUCUUAUUUUGUUCUGGAGUCCUAAUACAUCUAGUUCAAUGGUCCUGGUUGGGCUGUCUCUAUAAAACUUAUUUCAUUGCCCAACUUGCAGUUUUUCUGAAUUUCACAGGUACAUUUCCAUCCUGUAGUUGCAAUCCGUAUGACAUUAAUAUUACUUGAUAAUACUUUGUUAGUUUCAACAUCCUACAAAUCAGUUAUCAACUGCAUCUGCAAACUAUACAUUUGCUGAACUUUUCAGGAUUAACAAUAAUCAGAGAUGAAAUGAAACACUUGGGGAUGCCACUCAUUCAAGCGGCUCCUAUGAUAUGCUACUUUAGGAUUUGGUGGCCUGCCUUGCUGCUGAUUCUUCAAUGGAGCUGAACCUUUCUCAGCCUCUUUUACAACUGCAUGAAACUCCAUCGGUCCACCAGAUGGGACUCUGGUGAUUCUCAGAGGGUGUAAGCCACUUAUCCUCCUCUUGUCAUUGAUCUCUGUGGCCAUUCGGUCUGGAAUUGUGAAUGAUAUACCAAACUUCCGAGGCAGAGUUCUUCUAAUGAAAAACCCCAUUCCUUCCUUUGAGACCUUUGCAGGCUUCUCUGUGAGGCCAAGUUUUUGCCUUAUCGACAGAUUCUUCACUUCGAACUGCUUCGCUAUUGCUCGAGCUUGACCCCUCUUUGUCUUUGAGUGUUUACCUCUUGUUUUGGCCAUGCUCGGGUGAAGAUUUGGACUGCAAAAGUAGAAUCUUUAAGCUGUACUACAAGGGAAACCAGAGGGUUUUUGUUUUCUCAAAGAGAUUGAGAAUUGAGUAAAUUUAAACCCCAAUAUAAAGCUUAUUGAAGAAGACUAGGGAGCGUAGGAAAUAAGCAUCAUCUCUUGAAGGCUCAAACUUAAUUAUUCUUCCCACGUUGGGUUACUUUGGAAAGAGACUUCAUUUAUUUUAAGUCCUACAUGUUUUCGCUG